AUGACUAAUCGGAACGGAGGCGACUAUCAAGAAGUCAUCGAAACUCUCCGUCGUACCCAGCUCAUCUUCGACGACGACGAAGGUGAUCGCGGGUCUCGUCACUCAAACAAUAACACCGACGAGAUGGUCAACAAUCAGAAUUCGAUUGGUGAGUUGUUAUCAGAAGCGAAGGCGAGGGCAGUGUCACAGUUAUUACUUCACUUUAUUCGGAAAGAAAGCGCAGUCAUUAAACUGACUUCCUUGGCACCUCAGUUGGGACAAUUAUUCAAUUCACAAUGAGUGCGUCAUUAACAAGUGCGUGUUCCCCUGUAGUUAGGCUUUUCGUACACCUCUCGGAGGACAACACGACAUCAAUUAGGUGGCGCUGUCCGUCGACGGCGUCCGUCAUCGCGUUCUUCGUGGCGUAGAAUAGGAAGCGAUUUGCUCAAAGCACCAUAUAAUCGACAUAUGUAUCGUAAAGUUUAUGACUCGUCGCCGCCGCAGCACGCAUAUUUUACGAUUAUAUUUUGGCCGAGCUUCAUGAAGAUGAGAUGAUUAUAAAACAUUGACGCUCACUCGUCGCAUCUUUACUCUAGUACUUCCUCUCCACACUAAAAUGUGGAGUGACUGCGGUGAGCACGACAUUGCCGGCUACUGUAUUGCUCUUGUUGAGAAUAUCAUUGACCUGAUUGCCUGGAUUAAGCAUUGGCUCGCCACAAGUACUCUAGAUCUCCCUCUUUCUCAGUCAACCUUCUUUUUUUCAGGGAACGGCGCAACUGUUCCGCCCGGAAUCAACCAGUGCCAGAUUCCGAUUGUUCCAAGAUUGUCUCCACCGCCGGCCAUGAGUCCGUCUGCUUCUGCAUCGUCUGGAACAGUUCAACAAGGAAAAACAUUCGCUCGAGUGCAGGGAAGCUCGCCAGGAAGUGAGUUCUUCAAUGGGUUUCGCAUUCUAUCCACAACCUAACGAUUCAGUCACAAUCAGUCACUCUCCGGUCCAAGUGAUGCAGAGUGUGGCCCCGCACAUUCCGAUUGUGGGCCCCGGAGCGGACGACAGCAGUGCCGAGAUCCUGUCGGUCUUCGAAUGCCCAGUGUGUCUCGAGUACAUGCUCCCGCCCUACAUGCAAUGUCCUUCCGGCCAUCUCGUCUGCUCCAACUGCCGCCCAAAGCUUCAGUGCUGUCCGACUUGCCGUGGACCAACUCGUACGUUUUCCUUGUUCUCUUCUCAAAAUAAAUUUUCACUUGUGCAGCUUCCGUCCGUAACUUGGGACUUGAGAAGAUUGCCAACACAGUCCGUUUUCCCUGCAAGUUCUCCAAUUCUGGAUGCCCGCUCAACUUCCAUCACAUUGACAAAAUUGAGCACGAAGAGCUCUGCGAGUACCGCCCGUACUCGUGCCCGUGCCCCGGAGCCAGCUGCAAAUGGCAGGGAGCUCUGUCUGAUGUGAUGGACCACUUGAAGAAGGUCCACAAAAGCAUCACGACUCUCCAGGGAGAAGACAUUGUUUUCCUGGCCACCGAUAUCAACCUUCCGGGGGCCGUCGAUUGGGUUAUGAUGCAGAGCUGCUUCGAUUAUAACUUCAUGCUUGUUCUUGGUAUGUUUCACUAAAAAAGAAAUCGAACUAAUGUUGGCAUUUUUAGAGAAGCAAGAAAAGUAUGAUCCGGCACAGAGCACUCAAAUGUUCUAUGCCGUCGUCCAACUGAUCGGGUCGAAGAAGGAGGCCGAUAACUUUGUGUACAGACUGGAGUUGUCUGCGAACCGAAGGAGAAUGUCCUGGGAAGCCACUCCGAGAUCCAUCCACGAAGGAGUCGCGUUCGCCAUCCAGCAGUCGGACUGCCUUGCUUUCGAUACUACCCAAGCUCAAUUGUUUGCCGGUAAGUUCUCGCUCGCCCACUAACAAUUUCUAUUGUUCCUUUUCAGAAAACGGAAACCUAGGAAUCAACGUGACUAUCAGUCGUCUCGAUUCUCAGCAAAGGUAACUUUUACCACCUAGAGGAGGGGGGACUCGUAGUUUCUGUUGGUCGAAAUCGCGCAGUUUUGCACGUUUCCGAUAGAUUUCCAGAGAACGUGGAUGUCAGCAAAAUCUUCUGAUGAGAAGCAGCCGCUUUUUCAGACGUCAUGCGAACGAGAUGGACUCGAGCGAGAUCGAGUACGACUAA